AUGAGAUUCGCAAAAAUCGUUUAUGAAAAGGGACUGAAAAAGCGGGAAAUCAAUGGAAGAGUUGAGGAAUGGAGUAAAAGAAAAAAAGACGAUGUACAGACCGAAUACAAGCGUUUCCUUUCUGAACGAAAAUAUUCCCUCACGAUCGCCGAAUUCAAUUUAAAAACCGAAAAGAUGAAGGUGAAAAUGUGCCUGCCGAAAGUGAUGGAAGUGCUUCAAAUGAACAAUUUGGGAUAUUGGGAAAAGAUUCGCAAAUUGAAACCGAUAAACGCUCGUUGCGGGAAAGUGCCCACGAAAUUGAUCCGGAAAUUCAUCGAAGAGUACGGACUGGAGUUCAAUCCUUUUGAGAUAUUUAGAAUCAAUCACCCGGACCUCGAGGCUCCAUGGGUGCAAUGGCCGACGAUUUCGAUGCCCGAAAGGAUCGCCUUUAUGGACAUUAUUCAAAAAAAUAUCUCCGAAUCCCAAAUGAAAGACGAGAUUGAUCAGUGGGGAGCCAAAUUGGCUCCGAAAGUUAAGGAGAUGUUCGAUGUUUGGCAUGCAAAUUACACAAAAUCCCUGAAAAAGGGUCGCUUGGAAAUCGUGGAUUCGGUGGAGAAAAUCUCAAAAUCAAUCGAUGAAAUCGUUGAGCUGAGAAAAGAUUUCGAGUUGACUUUCGUCGAAGAGCACUCCAAAAUCGCGACAAUUCUGAGAAAAUUGACGAAACGACAACGACAUCUGUUACGCGAGGUCGCCUGGAUGGAGUUGAGGGUCCUCGACGAGUAUCCCCUUUCCAAAUACGGUCUUCCCAAGCAAAUCGCUUAUCCGUUGAGGGAAAUCGAUCUACUUUUUAGUGAACAU